AUGGUAGAAACUCCUUGUAAGAGAGACGAUACCGAACUUGCCGCCUCGGAUCUCGAGAGGUGGUUGGACACGCUCACUACUGAUUCAGUUGUCGGACUUCCUUGGUGGAAACAGCGAAUUGACCGAUGGUUAACUGAGAUUGACAGAGUGGAAAACAUAAAAGACUUGGUUAUUGUCACCUCGGGUGGGACCAUUGCUCCUUUGGAAUGUCAGGUGGUACGAUUCAUCGACAACUUCAGCACCGGCUCACGCGGCGCGAGAUCAGCCGAGGCGUUUUUGCGCCAGAAGUACGGGGUGAUCUUUUUUCAUCGACGAGGUUCAUUGAUGCCUUUUUCUCGUUGCCUAAAUGACUCACAUCUGGAUGAUGAGGGAUAUUCGGACCUUUGCUUUCUGCAAUGGUUACGACCAAGUGAAAACUCGACGCACAUAUGUGUAUGUGAUACGGCAUCUAAAUGGCUGUACCCAAUUCUCACCGAUUAUCACAUAUAUAAUAAGGCGCUUUUAUCCGUUCCAUUCGAGACUGUUGAAGACUAUCUGGCAGGUCUGCGCUGGAUCUCAAAGAGACUGGCCCAUUUUGUCAGCAAGGAGUCGACGAUUCAACGUUCGCUCUGCUGCUAUCUGGCCGCUGCCGUAUCCGACUUCUAUGUGCCAAGAUCACAGAGGCCUUACCACAAAAUUCCAUCGAAUAUGCAAGAAGGAUUCCAUCAUGCCUCCCUUUCUGAAACUUCAGGAAAUAUCAUCUUACGACUUGAGAAAGUACCCAAAGUUCUGCGCUUGCUGGCCCUAGAGUGGGCGCCAAAGGCAUUCAUCGUAACUUUUAAGCUUGAAACCGACCGGGAUCGCUUGCUGUCUGUCGCAGAGGAUAAGAUCAUGGCUCCACGGAUGCAUAUCGUGGUCGCCAACCAGCUGGAGUCACGUUCCAAAGAAGUCUGGCUAGCGUAUCGUCCCGGGGAGCAAGAUCAAGUUACCUUCGAGCACCUCGAACUCUCCGAAACCGUGAACGGGAUCAGUGACUUGGAAGAGAAGAUAGUAUUUCGUAUUAUACAGCUGCAUGAUAUGUUUCAGAUACAAGCUUAA